UCUGCUUUGUGUGGUGCCACAACAAGAGAGAGUCAUGGUCAGCAGAUUUGAACACCCAGCUGGUGGCUACAAGAAGAUUUUUGAGACAUGCGAGGAGCUAGCUGAGCCUCUUCCAGCAACAGUCACAGGUAGGAUUCCUCCAUUUCUGAAGGGAAGUCUGCUCCGUUUGGGACCUGGGCUGUUUGAGGUUGGAGAUGAACCUUUCUACCACCUCUUUGAUGGCCAGGCCCUCAUGCACAAAUUUGACUUCAAGAACGGUCAGGUCACCUACUUCCGAAAGUUUGUCAGAACCGAUGCCUAUGUGAGAGCCAUCACAGAGAAACGUGUGGUGAUCACUGAGUUCGGCACCUUUGCCUACCCUGAUCCCUGCAAAAACAUUUUCUCCAGGUUUUUCUCUUACUUCAAGGGUGUUGAGGUGACAGACAACUGCCUGGUGAAUGUUUACCCUAUCGGUGAGGAUUACUAUGCUGUAACAGAAACCAACUACCUCACUAAAGUAGACACUGAUUCCUUGGAGACGCUGAAGAAGGUUGAUAUGUGCAACUAUGUCAACAUUAACGGAGUGACAGCCCACCCUCACAUUGAGCAGGAUGGCACAGUGUACAACAUUGGAAACUGCAUGGGAAAAGGGGCAACGUUGGCCUACAACAUUGUCAUGACUCCGCCCACACAGAAAGAUAAGUCUGAUCCCAUUACGAAGUCCAAGGUGGUGGUGCAGUUCCCAAGUGCCGAGAGGUUCAAGCCCUCCUAUGUGCACAGCUUUGGCAUGUCAGAGAACUACAUUGUCUUUGUGGAGACCCCGGUGAAAAUCAACCUGCUGAAAUUCCUGAGCGCUUGGAGCAUCCGAGGCUCCAACUACAUGGACUGUUUCGAGUCCAACGAGAGCCAAGGAACCCUGUUUCACAUUGCCAAGAAAAACCCAGGAGAGUACAUUGACCACAAGUUCAAAGGGGCUGCCAUUAACAUGUUUCAUCACAUCAACACCUAUGAGGAUCAGGGCUUCAUUGUUACUGACGUCUGUGGAUGGAAAGGUUUUGAGUUUGUUUACAACUACCUCUGGUUGGCCAACCUGAGAGCCAACUGGGAAGAGGUGAAGAAGGCGGCCAUGAUGGCGCCCCAGCCGGAGGUCCGCAGAUAUGUUAUUCCCCUGGACAUCCACAAGGAGGAGCAGGGGAAGAACCUUGUCAGCCUGCCGUACACCACUGCCACAGCCACCAUGCACGCUGAUGGCACCAUCUGGCUGGAGCCGGAGGUGCUGUUCUCCGGGCCUCGCCAAGCCUUUGAGUUCCCUCAGAUCAACUAUGGGAAGUACGCAGGGAAGAAUUACUCAUACGCCUACGCCCUGGGUCUCAACCACUUCAUACCAGACAGGAUCGUCAAGUUGAAUGUGAGGACCAAGGAGACCUGGGUAUGGCAGGAACCCGACUCCUACCCCUCAGAGCCCCUGUUUAUUCAGAGCCCUGAUGGAGUGGAUGAGGAUGAUGGUGUGCUGCUGAGCAUCGUGGUUGCCCCCGGUGCCCAGAGACCAGGGUACCUCCUGAUCCUCAACGCCAAGGAUCUGUCUGAGAUUGCCAGGGCGGAGGUGGACUGCACCAUGCCCGUCACCUUCCACGGGAUGUACAAACCAUAAUGCUGCUUUGAUCUACAGCAGUCAGCCAUUACAGCGUUAUCAACUGUCACCCAGUAUUACAGGAUAAAUAAUGGCCUAACGCUUCCAUGUGUUUAUUUGCAGCUGAUGUGGGUUGUGAAAUUAAAAAAAUAGUUUGUGAAGUGACAUUUUAAUUCUAGUUGCUGGAUGUACUAGAAUAA